AGAAGAAGCUUCGGAUCCCAGCCUAGGAGGACUUCAGACCCCUCUCCAUUUGUCUUUGUAUGCACAGCUUGCCUGAGGAGGAAACAGGAGCUCGGUCUAGGCUCCUCCUUGGUAAACCAGAAAGGGAUUCAGCUGCCCUUCCUCUUUCUCAGAACCCAAUUAGGAGGUUUGUCCCCCAGUUUCCAAACCCGAGGAAGACAGUGGCAAGAAAAGCAGAGACCAGGGAAGAGGACCUCAGGAGUGGGGCCUUCAGCCUGGAAACACUUCCAGAGCCCAGUGCCCAGCAGGCAGGAAGCCAGCACAUGGAGGAGUCCCUGGGGAUCACUGUCCAGGAGAGCAGAGAGCAAAUGCAGGCAGAGGGUACCCUCCCUGAACAAAGCAGCCAGAACCUCAUGAACUCCAUGCCUGGCAGUGGGGAUUCUCAGCCUAAGGCCUCUCUGGAAGGUGGGGCAGGCCCCUCCACUUCAGAGAUGGCCAGCCAGGACCACCUUUUGGAGCAAGGGACCAACACACUGCAUGGUGGAAACUUGGGGAACAGUGGACCUGAGAUGGAGAAGGGCUGGGUUCCAGGCAGUGGUGGCCACAAAGGGUACCUUCUGAGCAGCAGUGUUGAAAGAAAGGAGCCAGAUGGAGCUGCUCCCCAGGAGGGAGGUGCCCAAUGGGGACCAGGGGCUGACCUGCCUAGAGGGCCCUGGGAGGAAGGAGACAGUAUCCCCAGCACCCCAGCAUCAGCUCCUCCCUCAGCCCCUGCAUGGAGACCAGGGCCUGCCACUUGGUGCCUAGAGCCCAGGUUCGCGGCCCAAGAUCCCCCUGACCUCUGGCAGAUACCCUAUGGGACUGGUGGGGGCCCAGAGUGGAGCGGCAACAGCCUAGGAUGCUCCUCCCUUGGGGUGGCUGCUAUUGCAGAUCUGAACAUGGACCAACCAGAGCUGGAAGAGAGAGCCCUGGAGGUGUCCGGGCCAGAUGAGCAUGCCAACAGCAGGUUGCCUGCCUCUCUUGGAGGGAAGGCCCUAGACAGAGGCCACAAGAUGGCUGUGCCUGGCUUCACACCUCUCACUGGGGAGAUCUCAGAAGGCAGAGGCGGGGUGGGGUGGGAAGACAAGUUCCCUGACAACAUCCCAGUGGGCCCUGCAACCUCCCUGACUUUGGCUUCUAGGAACCAGGAACCUACAAUGGGCUCUGGAGAUUCUUGCUAUCUAGCCCCAGAUACAGGUCCAGGCGUCAGUCAGAAACAGGUGGUAGGAUUUGACCAAAAGGUUGCUGAGUUAGGCAGCCAGAGUCAUGAACAAGACCCUAAGGGGCCCAGUCUGUCCCCCCAAGGCUCUGGUCUGCUGGAAUGCACAGAAGCAGUGGAUGGCCCUCCUCAGGAGACCCCAGCCUACCAGGGUAGUCCAGACACCCCUGCUGACCCAGGGGCAUGGCAACCUGACCAUCCUCAUUCUGCAGACCAGGCCACCUGGGGGGGCUCCUCACAGGUGGACCUGGACUUCCUGCCAGAUAGCGAGAUACAGAAAGCCCUGGAUGCCUCUGACUUUGAAUCCCUACCAGAGCAGCUGUUUCCUUCGGGGAGCAGGCUGGACCCUUGUUGGCCUGACCCCAGCCCAUGUACCAGUGGAGAUCCUGUUGAAGUGGCCAAGGCCCAGCCAAGGCCCUGUGUGGGGAUCCAGGCCUGUGAGGCCUCUAGGAUGGAGGAUGCCACUGAUGUCGUGCGUGGCCUCAUUGUUGAGCUAUCCAACCUGAACCGACUGAUCAUGAGCGCCCAUCGUGACCUGGAAGCCUUCAAGCGCCUCAGCUACCGCAAGACAAAGCCAGCAGGGAAAGGCCCUUUGCCCUACUCGUCCAAGGUGGCUGGGAUCCUUCCCCAGGGGGAGCAGCUCUGGAGAGACUCGUAGGCUUCUUUUAGCGGCCUCAACAGUAGUUUGCAUGCACGUGUAGGGCAGUAUAUUUUCCUGUGCACACCAGCCCAUGCCCUUAUGGGCCGCCCAGUAUUUCGUUUCCCUGCAAGAUGUUCCUAGUGGAUCCUAGAAACCUCCCCUCAGCAAACCUGGAAGUCAACCUUCCACAGGUUACACACAGGAGGCCCUGGUCAACAUCCUCCAUUGAGAGUCCAGCACAGGGAGGGAGCUGCUGUCUGAGCAGCACCCAUCCCACCUGGAUCUGCAAAUUCAGGCUCCUGAGCUGAGGUAUAGAAGGUUCAGAAUUUCUUUCCUGAAGGAUGAAAAGGUUCCCUUUGUUGGCUGUCUUCUCCCAAUUUCCAUUUUUACCUCUUGUUGGAAGGCCAGUAAUAA